ACGCGUAGCCCGCGCGGGAGCGGCCAGUUCAAGCGACGGCGGCUCGACUGUGGCAGCUGGUCGAUGAAUGGGACAGAGUCCGAGCGCUGCGCUCGUUGGGCUCGAAGGAGAAUGAACGAUUCGUCGAUGGGACGGGAGGUGCCAGUCGAGGCGGAGGACGAGGAGAAGCAGCUUGUGCACUCGACAGGCGUGGGGUUCUGCGAUGGUGACAUGAGCGCCAAGCGCAAACGGAAGAAGCCUGCUAAGAAAGAAGUUCAGAGAUUCGGGAAUUAUCAUCAUUACUACGGAUAUCGGCUCGGGAAGAGUCUCGACGUGGAUCCGAGGCUCAAUGUUUUUGAACCGGAAUGGUUUGAGGGAAUGGAUUGCCUGGAUAUCGGCUGCAACGAAGGCAUUGUAACAAUCUCAAUUGCACAGAAGUACAAUUGCCGGAGUAUUCUGGGCCUGGACAUUGACGAAGUUCUGAUAAGGAAAGCCCAGUCGAACUUAAUUGAAGAAGCCGCCUUACAAGGGUUUACCACUGGAGAAUAUAUGGAGCCAUGUGAGGCAAAAGAGAAUUGUUCGUCAGACAGUGAAAAUACCCUCGACAACGGAUGGUGGAAAGAAACUAUCGCUUGGAGAGAGUUAACUGGUUCACAGCAGGGUAGUGACAGGGUUGAAGAUAGUCGGUGUGCAACAGAAAGGGCCGAAAGGAGUACGCCACUAAAUUCGAACAACUUGCUGCGAAGAGUAACGUUCAGAAAGGAGAAUGUUAUCAAAGAUUUUCCUCAUGGUGACUACAUGAAGGAUGGUACUUUCGAUACUGUACUCUGCUUGAGUAUGACGAAGUGGGUGCAUUUAAACUGGGGUGAUGACGGACUGGUGCGCCUUUUCGCCAAAAUCUAUCAUAUUCUCCGACCGGGUGGCAUAUUGAUUCUCGAGCCACAACCUUGGAAUUCUUACAGGAGAAAGGCGAAAGUGUGCGAGGUGACAAGACAGAAUUUCAAUGAGAUCAAAUUAAGGCCCAAUCAUUUUACCGAGAUUCUUCUUGAUAAGAUUGGAUUCAAGUCUUACAAAGAAGUCAGCACUGCAGUGCCAGGAAGCACUGCCGGGUUUGACCGUUCACUUUAUGUCUAUGUGAAGUAGACGGAAGAGGCACGAACAAUGCUACGCAAGUUUUCAGGAUGUUGGGAGCUGAUUUUUCUUUUCGACGAUCGGUGAACGUCGCAUUGCAUCUUUCGGUGCUGUCUACAAGUGAAACGUUUUUGACCAAUCCUAUUGCGUAGGGCGGCGAGAGAAUUGCAUCAUGCAACUGUUCGCACGGCAAAUGCUGAACUUUUUUGAGGAGAAGUUGGUAUUCUUCGGGCGACAAUCAUGCAGUGACCAUUUUUGGGCAAUUGUUCAUGUAUUUGACAUGUCGAGCAAUCGUUGAAGAAGACGGCAGAUAGCAUAUAGAGGAGUUGUGUGAGACAAAGAGGACUCAUAGAAAACUCACGGGAGAGGAUAGAGAGGAAAUCAUUGACCUACUGCGAGGAUCUGUUGAAUAGGUAGAGUACAAGGCUGUACAUAAGAAAAUUGAAACAUGGAAGGAGCAUCGAUCGAUUUUUGUUUGUGCUUUCCUCAGGGAGGGGAACUUACACCAAGUCCAUCUUCCAGAAUGCAUGACAUCGGAUUGUUCACUGGAAAUAUUCUUCUAGACUUAAACCGGAUAUUUUUUAUCCAGCCACCUUGAAAGCUUGUACAAAAAAAA